GUGCUCUUCUCCCCCGGUGUGGGUUUGUGGCGGGUCAGUCCCGUCUUGGCAGCUGAUGACAAUGGUGACGGAGGUGAUGAUGAGGGUGGUGACGUAAAAAAAAAAAAUAAAAAAAAUGUCUGUGUGCGUGUACUAUUAAUUUUUUUUUUUUUCGGGGAAAAAAAAACUGUGAACAUUUAGGUGUGUACAUUAACUUGGAGUUGAGUGUGAUAUAACGUACAAAGACCCACUUUAUCCCCCACCCCUUUCAAAAUGAAAACCCAAGGCUAUAUUUGGAGAGAGCUGAUGUCACAAGUGGUUUGAGCGGAGAGCCUAUAACUGUUGGAGUCGGCUUGUGUGAGAGUCUGACAAACCUUGGACUGCUCCGGCGAGACACUGGGAUCUGGCUCACACAACAGAAAGGAAUCAUCCUACACCAUGUAUCACCUGAGGGUGCCGAUGCUCCUCCUCAUGCUACUUGUGCUGCUGCGUUGCGUCGCCGCUGCCCCAAGCUACAGGUACUUCAGUCCCAGCUCAUCCAGCGAGCAGGAGAGUGCUCUCCCCGACAGUGAAGGCUGGUUACUCCCCGAGCUGAUCUCCAACCCGUUCCUCGGCCUCAUGGGCGCGCAAAGGCCGCAAAGGGGGCUCACAGCGAUGAACAGCCACCACAUACAGAAGAGAAAGUGCAACACAGCCACCUGCGUCACUCAGAGGCUAGCAGACUUCCUGGUGCGCUCCAGCAACACCAUCGGCACCGUCUACGUACCGACCAACGUGGGAUCCGCCGCCUACGGAAAGAGGGACCUGCUGCAGCCUCCCAGCUUCCUGCCCCUCUAGUACCGCCUGAGGAGCCUCCACCAGCAACUCCCCCACCCUCCCAGCGCUCCACUAACCAGUCAUCUUAUGUAACAACGAUUACGACAGUGACACUGAUAGCGAAGACGCCGAUGGCUAACGAAGAUCAUCGUUUUCCGAAUUUGUUUCACGAACUUUAACGGUGCCUUUUAUUUAAAGGUCAAGUGUAUGCUUUCUGUUUGUGCCGUGGCUCUGUUGAUGCUGUUCCCCAGUGGCAUGAUGGGAAUGGAAAAAAAUAAAUAAAUAAAUAAAAUUAUAUAAAAGUCAUUCAUAACACAAUAAAAAAAAAAGGUGAAAACAAAUGUAAAGCCAUACAAAUUAAAUGUUAUCUGUUGUUUU